UUAGGCGUUUUCAAAGCAAUCCGACACUUUCACCAGUUCCGUCCAAAAUCCAUUCCGAACCUUUUUUCGUUUCAUCGGUCUUUUCAAUCCGAUAAAACACACCCCAUUUUUCUCAUCCUUUUUCAUCCCAUAAUUCCUUCUCUUUUUAUGCGAAGAAUCGUUUUACCUUUGCGUCAAGACAUGUAAAUACCGACUAAACAGUGGAGAACCCUUUCCUUUUCACUGCUCCUUUUCUUGUCAUCUUCUCUCCGCUCUUCUUCCUCUCCAUUAUUGUACGGCUUUUCCUGUUCUUUUUUUCUUCCUAGAUUCUCUUGCUCGUUUGCUACAUUGCUCCUUUUCACCACUGUCAGGCCUCCCUGUGCUUUCGUUAAAACUAACGGGUCUUUUCCAUCUCUUUUUGUUCUUUAAUGGUUUAGAUUUUUGUAUGGUGGGUUGGAAUGAGAUUGGUUUAGAUUGUUGGGUGUGUUUGUCUGAUUAAAACUAGAGACCUUUUCGGCAUUUCCUUGGGGGUUUUUUUUUGAAGAAUUUUUCUGGAUAAUUAUUUUUGUGUCGGUGCUAAGCAAAAUGAAUGAACGGACCGCGAAAACUAUAACGGAGAAGAAGCCUUAUAGGCCUGGUGGUUGUGUCGGCAUUUUCUUUCAACUCUUUGAUUGGAACAAAAGAUUUGCAAAGAAGAAAUUUUUCUCAAGAAAAUUACUCUCUUCAGCCCGAACUAAAGCUUCAAAAAGCUUUGGAGGAGGUGAAAAAAUGCCCAAAUCCAAGCUGCAUUUGAUUGCUGAUGAGAACUGUGGGGAUUUUCCCAAUGUGAAGAAAAAUGGUAAACAUUUUAGUAAAGGAGAAACGGAUCAAAAGCAUGAAAUGAAAGCUCCUGGUUUGGUUGCUAGGCUAAUGGGAUUAGAAGCCAUGCCGGCUUUGAAUGGAGAUAAGCCUCAUAGAAAAGCGCUGCCGUUAGGUAGUAAUUCUGAUCUUAAAGAUGAGAAAGUGGUGAAUUUUCAAGGCGGGAAAGAUUUGGAUUUAGCUAAAAGUAGCUCUAAGAUCGAGCUUCGGCCUCCGAAGAUUCAGAAAAUAGAGUCAUAUGAUAGACGGAUUGUCACUAGGUUUGGAGCUGAGGCAUUACAAAUUAGAAUGUUUUGUCGCUAUCGAAGAAGCAUCAUCAUCAAAAGUUUGUUCCUUCGGUAAAGAGUUUGAGGAUUUCUUCGGCAAGGAAUGCU